UUUCCCUGACGGCCACCCCAUCGCAUCACCAACCUCUGACGUUGUCGUUCGGUGCUUCUCUACGUGUUUGGCCGUUGUGAAAAGGUAAAACGACCUGUUCCUCGGACCCUUGAUAUAUCCUCACAUUACGCGCAACCUACCACUUUCCAAUCUGAAUCAAAGCAUCAUCAGCUUUUACCUGCAAGAAAUUAUAUCUAUGGCUGUGGUAGCGACAAUGGCUCAAAGCAGCACUUCUCAGCCCAAUCUCUGGAAACCGCGGUAUGCGGCUCGCCAACAUCAGGAAAAACCACAGCAAGCCCAGCAACUUGGUCGAUCGAGAUCGUUAAGAGAGCCAUUUGAUGCUGCAGAGCUUACACGCAAACUGGAAAAUUACCGUCAAGAACUUAAGUUGGAGAAGGCAAGACGAGAGUUGAAGCAAAAGAAGGCAGAUAUGGCAACAGCAGCUCCAGUUCAAUCGGCGGCAGCACAGCAAGAGGUCAACAAACCAGCAUCUGAGACACAAUCAAAUUCUGGAGUGCAGCGUUCAAAGACAGUUCAUGUCCCAAAUCACGUCAUGGCCAGCGAACAGCCAGAACGCAGAAGGUCCAUCAUUCAUCGCAAGCCUAAGCACGAAAUCAAAGAAGAAUCUCCAGUCGAACCCGCUCAACCUUAUGUACCUCGUGUAGCCGCCAAACAAUUCGCAAACACCACGACUCCCCUGAAGGAAAAGAAGGAAGGACAAUCAUCAACCAAAACAUCACACAACCACCAGCCAGAGCCAAAGCCCAAGGAGGUCAAGGUGAAAGACACAUCCAACAAGCACAUCCUCGACUGGAGCGAGCCUGCUCUGAACACCAAGCCCGCAUCACCACCCCUCCCAACAUCUGAAUUUCCCGACGCAGAAAAAACACAAGCACGCAUGCACGCACUCCACGCCUUCCGCGACGCCAGCAAAUCCCGACCUAGACCCUUGAGCACCGCACUAGAAAACAUGCGCUGGGACCCCAACGAUUCAAACUCAUACGUCCCACACCCAAUCUCAAAGCCUGUGGCAGAGGAACCUACAGCAGCACCGACCUCGUAUAUCCACCCGGCCAACAGACCAGCACUCAAACUCGCAGAUCGUCAUGAUUGGAGUCAAGGCAGUCAAUGCGGCGACAGUGCGAGACAAUCGCUUCAUCUCUUCCGCAAAAAGGAUUCUGUGGGUGAAGAGGCUGAGAUUGCUGGUCUCAAGUCUGGUAUGCAGAGGCCUUCCAAACCGAGACAGAAGAGUCAUGGUGAUGCUUCGGAUCGUCUUGUCAACGAUGCUGUCAAGAUCAUCAGAGAUGAACGCAGGAGGAGUAUUCUGAAUGUGUUCAGAAGACAUUGACAAUGUCAUGAUUCGACUAUUACGAUAUUCUUAUGUUUGAUUUGGUGACUUUCGUUUUGUCGAUUUUCGGUUGCUCCCUUUUUUAUCUUUCAUCAUGUUUGAGACCAACAGACUCAUAACUUUAUACUUUCUUCUCCUUCUUCUUAUCCGUGGACCUCGGGCCAUUUUCUUGCUUUCUUUUUAUCUCCUGCAUCAUCCCUGUUUAUCUCUCAAAGCAUUUCGGUCUUGCGUGUCUCUCUGGAUCGAGUUUGCUUGUCCCCUUCUCAAAAGCCGUUGUUCUCUUCAUCGCGCACAGGCCUACGGGUAUCUCUCACAUCUUUGUCCAUAAUGUAUAUAUCUCUACAUUUGAAUCUCCUUUUCCUC